UGACAAGUGACUCGCCUAUUCUGGUAUCUUUGAAGCUGACUUGGAAUUUGUGUAGGUGUGUUUUGUUUUUGUUUUUUUUACCUCAUUGUUGCCUUCCACUUGUUGAAGUCUAGGGCUCCCACUCGCGAGAGCUCGCUUUUAAAAUUUACGACGACCUCGAGCGCAAAUGUUUGGAGACAAGCUGAGCUGCUCUGUGAUUGGCCCCUGAGCUCUAAGCGGCACCUCAAAGCCACGAGUAAGAUACAACUACACAGAAGUCAAAAAGAGAAGCCCAGACCCAUCACUUCUUGACACAGCGAGCACACACACACACACACACACACACACAGGACAUAUCCCAGCACGGACCAUGGCCGCUACACUGCUAGGGGAGGAGCCACGGUUAGGCAGCACCCCUCUCGCCAUGCUGGCAGCCACCUGCAGCAGAAUCGGUGACCCCAGUCCCUCCUGCUCCCCCGCUCUUUCCGACGGAGCCCCGGCACUUGUAAAGGGCUUUCAUCCUUGGAGAAGAAGCGCGCCGGCCACCAGCAACCUGGGAGCCUGCCUCGGUACGUUCGGGGUCCCCUCUGGAGUCAGGGGCAACGGGACCGGACCGACGGAGACUUCCAGCGCUUUCUCAGUGGCCGCCGCCAACUCCCCUUUUGGAAACGACUUUACUAUGUAUCAAACCGCUGUGCCAUCAGACAACAGCGUCCCAGAUCCCAUGCACUCGCAGCGGUCUGUGUUUCUAAGCAAAUUUUCCUCCACAGUGGAAGGCAUAGGUGGGAUAUACCCGAGGAUGCACGCGCACCCCUAUGAGUCUUGGUUCAAGCCCGUGGGGGACAUCAGUAAUGGGUCUUCUGCUUGGUGGGACAUGGGAACUAGCUGGAUGGACCCACAGAGCUCUGCCGGGAUACCCUCUCAUCUGAGUGGCUACAGCUCUGACUAUAGCUCCGCUUUCAGCCCCGGCGCAUCUCAGCACCUACACCCUGCUACACAGCACCUGUUUGACGGCUUCAGACCACCUGUCCCGGCUACGUAUACAGAGCCUGCGACCACAGGGGCGCCUGUACUAUCAGGACAUUCUGUCGUAUCUCUCCCUGCGUCUUCCCGCUCCUCAUCACGGCGUUACUCCGGGAGAGCCACGUGCGACUGUCCGAACUGCCAGGAGGCCGAGAGCCUCGGCCAGGGCGGCACGAGCCCACGGCGCAGGGGCUUACACAGCUGCCACAUACCUGGCUGCGGGAAGGUUUACGGCAAGACAUCCCACCUGAAGGCUCACCUGCGCUGGCACACCGGGGAGAGGCCGUUUGUCUGCAACUGGCUCUUCUGUGGAAAACGCUUCACGCGCUCCGACGAGCUCCAGCGGCACCUGCGCACGCACACCGGGGAGAAGAGGUUCGAGUGCUCCAUCUGUCACAAGCGCUUCAUGCGCUCCGACCAUCUCAGCAAGCACGCGAGGACUCACAACGCGGACGGGUCGGAGGAGAGCGGGGAGCCGGGGCUUGGUAAAGGCAGCAGCGACACGGACAACAGCCUGUCAGGUAGCCCGAGCCAGUCUCCCGGGCUACAUGGGCGCGACACCAUCCAUACCUCAGAGGGACCUAGUGGAGAAUAAUUGACAAAGAUAAACACUACAACAUGUGGGCAUUUGUGUUUUCUUGGAUACACAAAAAAAAAAUGAAAUGGCACUUUAAAAAGAACUGCAGCUGUUGAUGAACACGUGUCCUUACCUCAUCUAUGUUAUUUUUUUUUAAUUUCUUUUAAAUCUUUACAUUUUAUCAGACUUGUGAUGAUUGGAAUCAUUCUAUGUGAGCGUUUAUUUAUUCUCCAGACAUUUUUUUUCUUGUUGAUUACUGUAAGUAAACAAGUGGACCAUAGGCUUAAGUAAAAUAUUUCUUGGCCUAUUUUUUUAAUUAUCGUAUACAUUUAUUUUCAAGUUUUUAUAAUGUCAAUAUCUGAAAUAUGUUUUGGUUGGAAGAGUGAUUUUUUUUAUUAUUUUUUAUCUGUGUGUAAGCCAUGAUUUUGGAGUCAAUAAAACUAGACAAUUUUGGACACA